AUCAUUUGUCGAUCCCAAAUUAAUUGAAAUUCCCGCCUUUACAGACCUGAGUAGAAGAAGAGGGAAACUGAGAGACAUCUGCCACAGAAGAAAGAGAUAUUCGCCGCAGUUUCUAGGGUUUCCAUCGCUUCAUGGGUUUCAUAGGUAUGGAAAACGUGGUUGCAACUGUGAGUGGCUAUCACGGCUCGGAGAGGUUCAAGCUCAUCAAGCUUAUCUCCCUUUCUGGUGCUAGUUAUGUCGGCGCUAUGUCAAGAUCCAUUACCCAUUUGGUUUGCUGGAAAUUCGAAGGCAAAAAGUACCAUCUUGCUAACAAGUUCAAUACAAUUGUAGUCAAUCAUCAAUGGGUGGAAGCUUGCAUAAGGGAAGGCAGACGAGUUUCCGAGGCUCCUUAUACCUUUGAAAGUGGGGAAGAGGUUGGUCCUUUGAUGGUUGAACUUCCUGCGGAUUCUGGAGAAGCUAAAGUCACUAAGAAGGCCAAUAAUCCUGCUGAUACUUUUGAUAAAUACUUUUCUAACGGUGAAGAAAGCAGGAGGAGCCGCCGCACUUCUGAGCUUUCCACUUGGAUGGACUCUGUCUUGUUGAAAGAGAAAAAUACAGAAUCAACCAGACACUCAGUGAGACUGAGAACAAAGAGGCCAAGUAAUAUUUUUGAAGACAAGGAAUACACUUGCGUGGCGGAAUCUUCACGGAAAGGAAAGAGGCGGUUAGUAAAGCCACGCUCUUCCAGAAACCUUAUCGACCUUGAUUCUGAUGGGGAAUCUGAUAGUAACUUUCAUGACAUUCCUGACAGGCAACAAAGAAAGUCUCAGGAUCCUAGGGAGCUUAAUGAUGAAAAUGUGGAGGACUGUGUUUUAGAACAAGGAGAAACAUCAGCUCGUGAACAUCCCCGAGACUCUACAACACAAGACUGGGCUGCGGAUGAAAUAGAGGAGUCUGAGAAUUGGAAUCAUUCAGCUGUAUUUAAACGCCCGAGAUCAAUCAAUGCAGAGAAAUCAAACUUCAACAAGCCCGAUUCAAGAGAAGAAGAGACGGAAGCAACUAAGAUGGUCUCUGCGCAGGUUUCUUGUGUCAUAUGCUGGACGGGGUUCAGUUCCACUAGAGGUAUUCUCCCUUGCGGCCACAGGUUUUGUUAUUCCUGCAUCCAGCAAUGGGUAGACCGUUUGGUUUCUGAAAGAAAGAAGACAACAUGUCCAUUGUGCAAGUUCAGUUUCGUAACUAUCACAAAGAUAGAAGACGCAGGAUCUUCUGAUCAAAAGAUAUAUUCACAAACAGUCCCUGACCCAUCUUCAACAAACAACUCUCUUGUAGUACUCCCUGAAGAAGGAGAAGAAAGACAAGGUUUCAAUCCACUGACUCGAGCUUCAGCGUGUGGUAGAUGCUCCCUCAGUGAACCAGUUGAUCUUCUCAUAAGAUGUCACAUCUGCAACUUCCGGCGGAUCCAUACUUAUUGUUUAGACCCUUAUCUGGUUCCUUGGACCUGCAACCAUUGCAAUGAUCUUCAGAUGCUUUACCAUCGUCGUGGCUACUAAAAAAGUGACAUUAUUAAAAGAUUAUCCCAUUUAUUUAUGGUUGUCAUAUGAAUAUAGGAAAUGAACUCCGCUAGAAAAAUGUUCUUCACAAACAAAAAGGAUUUUCAGAAGCUGUUUACAGUUUUUACCUUUCAAAA